AUGUUGAAUUUAUUCUUCUUGUUUAAAUGCAGUAAAACAGAGGAAAAGAAGACAGAGAACGAGCGUGAAGGAUACCCAGUGGACGCUUUUCAAGAAUUCAAGAAGAACGACCAGAAAAAUGAUACAGGAUUCCAUUCCACUGGUAGCUAUGAUCGUAUUCUAGGUGAAGGUCAAGAUGAUGUCAAUACUGCUGAAAGAUUGCCAGGUUCUUACGAUGCUUCUACUGCUGGUAAGAAUGCUACUUCAACAAGCACUACCAAGCCAGUGCAGUCCGAUUUGGGUCAGUCUAGAACACAAAAGACUCACCAGCCAGUUCAGACCGACUUCGGUCAGUCUAGGACACAACAGACUUCUCAGCAUGGUCGUGAUAACGAUCCAGAGAACGUCUCUGGUAUGUACAACAUGAACCUAGGUGAAAAGACCAACAUUACAACUGGUCAAACUAAGGGCGGGCACAGAGUUGAUCAGCCGUUGGAAUCGUACAUUCCUGGUGUUGGUCGCUCCAACAAGGCCUCGGAAGCUAUGUUCCCACAUACUUCCGAAACGCAAGGUGGUCACCAUAUUUCGCAUAAGGAUGAUAAACCUUUGGAAUCCUACAUUCCCGGUGUUGGUAGAAAUAACCAUCCAACAGAACAUGCUGCGGCACAGCAAGGUAACGUAGGUCACGCUGAGUCCCAUCAGGCUCGCUCCGGCAACUACUCGGAGCCUCAUCUUGGUAAAAAUGUGACCGAACAGCAUCAAUCGAAGAACCAUACUUCCACACCUCAUAUUCCAGGUACAGGUGUGAUUACCGAACCUUCACAACCAAUGUCGAAGCAAAAGUAUGAUCCUAAACAGAACACGGCUUACAAGAUGGACCCUCAACAGACCCCACACUUGACUCAAAAGACUGCUAUGCCAGGAUUUAACUACGGUAACAAGACGAAUGCAGCAGGCGGUACUGACACGAUUGAUCGCGCUAGUGUUCCCAAGCCAGCACACUUGAAUCCAAGUCCCGACUCUGGUGCUAAUGCACCUGUUCGUCGUGACUCAAGGACAGUUAACCAGUUCCAUGAGCCUGAUUCUCAACGUGGCCCCUCCCAACAUGUGGUUAGGGAGGAAAAAGAAACAGUGAUUGAUUUCCCUGCUCACUCUUAUGAUGCCGGUAAGGGAGAAGGGCAACAAAAGCACUCGACGUUGGAUCCAAACGCGGGCAAUUUCGGACAGGAAGCUAAGCACCAUCACCAAAUCCCUGAGGAACGCGAACCUACUCAAAAGAAGACAGGCAUCUUCGGACAUGAAUCUCAUGGUUCCCAACAUGGAAAGCAGGCACCCGCUCAUGAAGCUAGAGAGGCGGGCGUCUUCGGACACGAGUCUCACGGCACUCAGCAUGAGAAAGCUCAUGAUUUGGGUAGAGAGCCUGAGGGCAAGAAGACCAAUGUCUUCGGGCAUGAAUCUCACAUUCAGAGAGAUACUAAAGGCGCUGAUUUGAAUGCUAGUGAGAAAUCUCCAAAAUCAGGUCCAACUUUGUUCGGCAAGACCAUCAACUUUGGCGGGUCUCACAAGGAUGACACCCACAGGGAUACUACCCAUAAGGAUGCCUCCCAUAAGGCUGGAACUGGCAAUACAGCUACAAAGAUUGGUCAUGUGAAUACUCCAAAUGUUGAGAGUAAGCAUCUUCCUUCCAAGGUUGCUACUAUGGAAGAUCAGCCAGUUAAGUCUUCAACCGGACAUGAAGGUUUAACUAAGAACAGAACCAAGAGUAUUGGUUCCGAAGAAGCUGGGUCGUAUGCUCGCGAAGUUGGUAACCAUCCUAGUUUAGUCGACCCACGUCUUCCAACUUACCGUGAAAAGGAUGAGACUUUUAGCCCAGCAGAUCGUGAGAGUGGUGACUAUAAGAAGGAGACUUUUACCUCAGCUGGUCAUGGCAGUGGUGACCACCACAAGGAUACUUUCACCUCAAGUGGUCAUGGCAGUGGUGACCACCACAAGGAUACUUUCACCUCAAGUGGUCAUGGCAGUGGUGACCACCACAAGGAUACUUUCACCUCAAGUGGUCAUGGCAGUGGUGACCACCACAAGGAUACUUUCACCUCAACUGGUCAUGGCAGUGGUGACCACCACAAGGAUACUUCUUCCUCAACUGGUUACGGCAGUGGUGGCCACCAGAAGGAUACUUCUACCUCAACUGGUCAUGGCAGUGGUGACCACCAGAAGGAUACUUUUACACCAGCUGGUCUUGGUAGUGGUGACUAUAAGGUCACCACCAAAGAAACAACUUACACCAGAAAGUUUCGGUUGGCGAUGAAGCGAACCAGUCUCGUGGUGAACAACAUCAUGGUGAACAACACAUGUCCCCCCAACCACCAAUCGAGGAAGGUAGAGGGGAGCAUACCUACUCAUAUCAGCCUGAAUCUGUCCCACGUUCUCAUUCGAAGGAACAAGAACAACAUGCACCUCAAGGGGAACAUGAGGAACAUUCCAAUCCUGGCCUAA